AGGUGUAUUAGAAAGGUUGGCAUGUAAAAUUUCGGAGAACAGGGCUGACAUGUGUUGUGACCAAACGUGCAGAAGGAUGAAAAUCUGGGUACUGUUUGGUCGUGGAGCCUUUUGAUUGCUGAAGAUUUUAAUGUUUUCUUGUUAUGUGGUCCUGAUCUUGAAUUAUCAGAUGUAUAAACAAGCGAUUUGUAACUUUUCUCUUAACUAUGUCAUAACGCUCUUUUGUAAUAUAGUGCUUUUUUUUCUUACGAACUUGGAAUUGAGUCGCGUAAGUCUUGGAUUUUUCCAUAGUAUGGAAAGAGAAUGACCCUAAGUAAGAAAUAAGUAGUGUUCCAAGAAAGUGGUUAGCUAAAAUGUGGCAGGAAAAGAAACAAUGAAACAAAGGCAAAAGGAGAAAUGGCUAUGCAACGUGAGUUCCACAAUGGCUGAAACAAUAUCUCCAUCGCUUGCCUUUAGAGCCUUCACGGCUUUGACCUUACAGACACCUGCUUGGGUCAUCACAAGCCACAAGGUCAAUGUCUCUUAUUUCUUGUGGACAACAAGUGGUGACUUCAGAAACAUCACUAGGGAUCAUGGUUGCCGUGUUAUGCAGCUUGAGUUUGUAGCUGAGAGCUCAGAUCAUGAUUCUUGCCUCAUUCCAAAUAUGACACAAGUCCCGGAAUUGGGACUAUUGUAAACGUCUGGCUUCGGUAUGACGAGUAACACUUGAGGGAUGCAAUAUUCUCCAGAAUCAAAAAGUUUUUCAUUUACCAGGAAGAUUGAGAAAUGAGAGUUUAUGGUUAGAAAGUUUUACAUUCUUGAUAAGAAUCUUCUAAAUGGUGAGGCAGGUUUCAUGCCAAACUUCAAACUUCAUAACAGCUUUGCGACUUUUUUCUUCUCACUUCUAUUUUUCUUAGAAUUCUCAUUUCCUACUCCUACAUGGCCUAAAACAUAAAAGAACUAACCUCAAGAACAUAAAAGUUCAUCUUUCAAGAAUGUGUAAACAAAGAAAUGCAAAGUUGACAUCACUAUAUCCAACUGAACAAUACUAUCAAAGUUUUAUACAAUAGUCAAACACAGAAAAUUCACAUGUAAGAAGAAACAUAAUAGCACAAAGUUGUAACUCAAGCUUGACAUUUUCCAGACGAGUAAAGCCUGAGAAAAUGUGAUCAAAGCCUAGUCAUAGCCAAUAGUCUUAUUUUAAAAAUCCCAUUGGGCCUCACUCCACAAAUAUUGAUGUUUGUUUCCUCUCCAAGACGAUGAUGCUCAUUGACUCUGCCUGGCUCUCUGAUUGUCUCUGCCUUAGCUACUUGUCUUAUCAAAAUCCCUCCCCGGAGAAUAUGCAAACCGUCUGUCUCUUUUUAUGGUCAGAAUUGUCAAAUUAGAAGCUAUUACUUCUUCUUUAUAGUCAAAAAGAAAUGAUGCAUUCAUAAUUUUAAGCUAUCACGUCUUCUUAGUCAAAAAGAAAUGAUGAAUUCUCAAAAGACACUUCUUGGUUCAGUUUCAAGAAUCAAAGGAAUCGCAAAAUGGAAGAAGAAAACCUUUCUUUGUACGCCAUGAUCCUAUCAAGCUCCUCUGUUCUUCCUAUGAUUCUGAAGACAGCAAUAGAUCUUGGCCUCUUCGACAUCCUAUCCGAAUCUGGCCCUUCUUCUCCCCUCUCUGCUUCUCAGAUCAUGUCUCUCUUGUCCACUCAAACACAAACACACCACGAUUCAACUUUACUCAAUCGGAUUCUUCGAUGUUUAGCGAGUUAUUCCAUACUCACGUGCUCUGUUUCCACUGACCAAGGUGCCCCACGUGAGGUCUACCGCUUAGCUCCUGUUGCCAAGUACUUCACCAAGAACCGAGACGGAGGUGGCUCGUUGGCUCCGUUGGUUAAUCUGUUUCAGGACAAGGUCGUGACUGACAUCUGGUACGACCUAAAAGACUCUGUUCUUGAAGGAGGACUUCCAUUCAACAAGGCUCAUGGUUCAAGUGCAGCCGAGUUGGUAGGCAGAGAUUCUAGAUUUAGAGAAGUGUUCCAAAGCUCCAUGAAAGGUUUCAAUGAAGUUUUCAUGGAAGAAGUUGUGAAUAAGUACAAGGGCUUUGAUGGUGUGAAUUCGCUGGUGGAUGUUGGUGGUGGAGAUGGCUCUAUCCUCCGUAAAAUAAUCUCCAAGCAUCCUCACAUCCUCAAAGCUAUUAACUUUGAUUUGUCAUCUGUUAUCAAAAACACUUCAUCAGCUUCUCCUAGCAUUGAGAAUGUUGCUGGGGACAUGUUUACAAGCAUUCCUAAAGGAGAAGCCAUUUUCAUGAAGUGGAUGCUCCAUAGCUGGGACGAUGAGCAGUGCGUGAAGAUACUCAGCAACUGUUAUCAGUCGUUACCGUCAACUGGUAAGGUGAUUGUGAUCGAUAUGGUAAUCCCGGAUUUUCCAGGAGGUACACUCUUGGACAGAAGCUUGUUCCAGUUUGAGAUGUUCAUGAUGAGCAUGAACCCAUCUGGGAAAGAAAGAACGAAGAAAGAAUUCGAGGUCUUAGCUCGCCUUGCUGGAUUUUCUAGUGUCCAAGUUCCAUUUACAUCUCUCUGUUUCUCUGUUGUGGAAUUCUACAAGACUUUGUGAUAUGUACUUGUACUAAAUAAAUUCAAGAAAAAAAGGUUCACAUCCCCAGA